AUGCUUGCUGCCCGCUCCGUCCUCCGCACCCAGGCUCAGCUUGCCUCGGCCGCUCGCGUCAACACCGUCGCCCGCGCCCUCUCCACCUCGUCGGUCGCUUAUGACGCCAAGCAGCGCGCCGACUCCAUGCAGCGCGUCACUGUCUUCGGUGCCGGUCUCAUGGGUGCUGGUAUCGCCCAGGUCUCGGCCCAGGCUGGCCUCAAGGUCACCCUUACCGACGUGACCGACAAGGCGCUUGAGAACGGUAUCAACAUCAUCAAGAAGUCGGUUGCCCGUGUCGCCAAGAAGCAGCAGCCCGACGACAUCGAGGGCUUCACCAACAAGGUCCUCCAGAACAUCUCGACCUCGACCGACGCUGGCGCUGCCGUUGCCGACACUGACCUCGUCGUCGAGGCUAUUCUCGAGAACCUCAAGGUCAAGCAGGACCUCUUCGCCUUCCUUGACACCAAGGCCAAGAAGGACACCAUCUUUGCCUCGAACACCUCGUCGCUUUCCAUCGGCGAGAUCGCCCUCAAGUGCUCCGAGGAGCGCCAGACUCAGUUCGCCGGUCUCCACUUCUUCAACCCCGUCCCCGCCAUGAAGCUCGUUGAGGUCGUCCGCACCCCCAAGACCUCGCAGGAGGUCUUCGACACCCUUCUCGAGCUGUCCGUGCGCCUCGGCAAGGUCCCCGUCAAGUGCAAGGACAUGCCCGGCUUCAUCGUCAACCGUCUCCUCGUCCCCUACCUCCUCGAGGCUGUCCGUAUGGUUGAGCGCGGCGACGCCACCCCCGAGGACAUUGACAUUGCCAUGAAGCUCGGUGCCGGCUACCCCAUGGGUCCCUUCGAGCUCCUCGACUUCAUCGGUCUCGACACCACCCAGUUCAUUGCCCAGGGCUGGAUCACCAAGGCUGAGGAGGGCCUCGUUCCCCUCGACCUCAUCAAGCCGACCGACCUCAUGGCCAAGCUCGUCGAGCAGGGCAAGCUCGGCCGCAAGUCUGGCGCCGGCUUCUACGACUACUCCUCCGGCAAGCCCAACAAGGGUUAA